AUGGCUGAAGUUGCAGGUCUCGUUCUUGGGGCUGUUGGGGUUGCAGGUCUUAUCGGCGCUUUCAAGGAUACCAUCGACCUCUUCGGACUCUUGGCUGACGCCCGUGAUCUGGGCCGGGACUACGAAAUUUUAAAGAUCAAGUUUGACAUUCAGAAAACCCUUCUUCUUCAAUGGAGUGACCGAGUUGGCCUCUUACGCACAAACGACUACGACCCCCUUCUUGAUCAAGCUCACAUUCGGGAGGCUAUCGGUGAAACGCUAAGCUGCAUUCGACUUCUGCUGACAGACGGCACUGCCUUACGAAGCAAGUACGGAAUCGAUGUAGUAGACGAUCAAGUUGGCGCUUCGCAUCUCACUUCAGUCUCCUCUAUCAGUGCCUGGCGCAUGGGGGUUUUCAAAAACCAAUAUGAUGAUUUCAAGAAACGAAUGGCCCAGGGCAACGAGAUGCCUUUUCGUAGCAGGGCUCUCUGGGCUGUCCGCGACAAGACAAAGUUUCAAGUUCUCGUUGCAGAUCUUGCAGAUCUCAUUACGACCCUGGACAGAUUGAUACCUGUCACCAGAAAACAGCCUGCUCUUCAAACUCUGGUCGAUGACGACGUGAGGAGGAUUUCUGGACUGUCAAAUCUAAAGAUGCUUCUCGAAGCUUCACAAGAUACACACAGGCUUAUUUCACAAUCAACCGAAAAGACUAUAUCUCGUACUUGCGAAGAAAUGGUAUUGAGCCGACUCUGGUUCAGAAAGAUACAUGACAGGAGAGAAACCGUCACUGGUGCACAUCGGAAAACCCUUAGGUGGGCUCUUUAUCCUCCCAGAGACAAAGCUCUCUGGGACGAUUUGUCCCGGUGGCUCCGAAAGCCCUCCCAAGAUGGGAUUUACUGGAUAUCUGGCAAAGCCGGCAGCGGAAAGUCGACUCUGAUGAAGUAUAUUUAUACCGAAGAACGUACCAAAAUGCUUCUGAAAGAGUGGUCUCGUCCGGCUAGUUAUAUUCUGGCUGACUUCUUCUUCUUCGAUCUCGGAACUGAGGAGCAAAAAACUUUCGAAGGUCUUUCACGAGCGCUUCUCUACCAGCUUCUGAAGCCCGAUAAAUCUCUAGUUCACCAAGCUCUCCCGGGAAUGGUCAGGGAGCUAAGGGAAACAGAUAAAACUCCGAGUUUACCAUCAAUCUCAGAGAUUCGUCAUGCAUUCAGUGUGAUAACCCGACAAACCAAUAUGCCCAAGUGCUGUAUAUUUAUUGAUGGCCUCGAUGAAUUCAAAGGAGAUGUUCGAGAGAGUAUUUCACUCAUCCAAGAGCUCGGCAAAUCUGAUCGCAUUAAAGUACUCGUCUCGAGUCGGCCUAUCCCAGCUUGUGUAUCGGCAUACCAGCAUCUACCCAAGUUACACCUUCAAAAUCUCACUCGAGGUGAUAUCGAGGCCUUUGUUGAAGAUACGAUUGGCUGCCAUCAAUACAUGAAACGCCUCCUCAAGCGAUCUCCUAGUGGGGCUAGAAUUCUUUUGAAACAGCUAGUUGAUAAGUCAUCAGGAGUAUUUCUUUGGGUAGUUUUAGCAUGCCGGUCCCUUCUGUCCGGGUUCGACGACUGCGAUCGGUUGCCAGAACUUCAAAAGAGAGUAGAUGAGCUCCCGCCUGAACUGGAGGAUCUUUUUGAUGUCAUGCUUGGAAAGAUUAAUCAUCGAUACCAGUAUCAGGGUGCGCGCCUGUUACGUCUCUGCUACGAAAGCCAAUUGGCUUCGAGAACUCCAAAAUGUCCGGCUCUCUCGUAUACGGACACACUUUGCUUGGCACUCGUUGACGACGCCGACAUUUCAGCAGAUGUCAUCGGGGAUCUUUCGUCAGAAGAUAAGAAUGAUCUCUGCAUCGUGCUAGAAGGGAGGCUCCGAAGUCGAUGCGGCGGGCUGUUGGAGAUCCGACGGCAUGCUCCAGGAGCUGAUAAUCAGCUUGUGGGUAGUACCGUCGUGUUCAUGCACCGGACCGUCUUUGAGUAUCUGAGUAAUGACUUUGCAUGGGAACGAGAAUGCUUGAAGACAGAUCCACAUGGCGAUACAGUGGCUACAGAUCUAGCGAUUAGAGACCUCUAUCUCAUGAUACUUUCCGCUUCUGGCCUGAAAUCACAGGUACAUAUCGGACCUCAAUGGUUCCUUUCUGCAAUGUCUUCAGCAUUUAGAAGUGGCUUAUUCUGGGUCCAAAACGGUGACGCCAGUUCGCAAAUAAGCUUCUUUGAACAGCUACCUCAUUUCUUGAGUGAGUUGGUAGCUUGUAAAAUCUUACCCGAAGAACCAAUUUUCUCAGCUAUGGUCAAGGCUUGUCAUACGCUGCCUGGUACUACGACGAGGAACUACCUGCAUGCGCCUCUCCUUCUCGCCGUUGAUCUCGGCCUUCGAGAUUAUAUAACCAGAAAUCCCGAGUUCUACGUUCUUAACGGCUCUGCAAUGCCUUCCAACCUAAAGAAAAGGAGCCGACCUUCUUCUCAGGGCGUGUCGAUGCUUUUGAGAUCUGGAGCCAACUCUCGACUUGGAGAGAGUGUAUUCACGACCUGGACACUUUGGUUGCAAGAUCCAUUAGGGCUCACACGCAAAGACCGGACUGAUGAUGAAUUGCUCCAAGUGAUGGAAGUUGCUGAAACAAUGGUGAAAUACGAUGCUGGAGGGAUUAAAGAUCUGAAGAGAUGGCUGAAUAGUGACAACUAUCAAAGCCGGUCCCUACAAGUGACUGAGAGGGGCAACAAGUUGCUUGAGUUCCUCAAUAACUACAAAAGAAGGAACUCAUACUUGGUUGAAGAUUAUGUUUUACAUAAGGGAAGAUAG